AUGGACGCCUCGCUCAUCGCUCCUCAGCUGUUCGCCCUGGUUUUCAUCCUGGGCGCGGCGGCGUACCUCCAGGUAUUCGUCACCGGCACCGCCAGGGCGAGGUUCGACAAGGCGGACCCUGCGCGAAGGGCGUUCGUGGAGACCGACGGAGGCGAAAGUAGUGAGCCGGGCUGGGUGGAGCGCGAGUUGGCCAGGAAGGGGGGAACCAGGCCGAGGGGCGACAGGACCAAGGGAGGUACGGUGAUACCGGGGGUGGGAGACGCGCCGGAGUGGAUGCGAAGGGGGGAGGAUGACGAGUUGGAUAGCUAG